GCGCGGGCAGGUUCUCUUUCUCCUCCAAUGGGAACGCGGUGCUGCGAAUCGCGUCAGCCAAUGGAAGCGAAGCUCGGACCUGCGCUUGCCGGAAACGCUCGUUCUCGUUGCGAGGGGCGCGUUCUUGGAGGAGAGUUAGGGUGACGCGCGUCGGAAGAGCAGAGAGACAACCGUGCGCACCCCUAAAAAUCUUGUUGUCCAGCACCGGGGGGCUUUCCGGUAGUAUUAAAGCCGCAUCUCCCUUUUCCAGCAAACACGGAUACAAUGACGGAGCUGAGGCAGAGAGUGGGCCGGGAGCAGGAGGAGGAAGACAAGUUACCUUAUGUUCCCAGCACUUUCCAGGAGACCGAGACUGAGGCUGAAUCUGAAGUCAAAACAGAUGGAGAGACGGCGUCAGACAGCGAAAGCAAAACCGACACUGGCGGGACACAGCAGGGCACUCCUACAGAUGAUACUCCGGAGGUUCUCAACCGAGCCCUGGCCAAUCUUUCAUCUAGGUGGAAGAACUGGUGGGUAAGAGGCAUCCUCACACUGGCUAUGAUUGGCUUUUUCUUUAUCAUCAUCUAUUUGGGACCUAUAGUGCUCAUGAUGAUUGUGAUGUGUGUGCAGAUCAAAUGUUUCCAGGAGAUCAUCAUGAUCGGUUACAAUGUCUACCAUUCCUAUGAUUUGCCCUGGUUUCGCACUCUCAGCUGGUAUUUUCUGCUGUGUGUCAAUUACUUCUUCUAUGGAGAGACUGUAACAGACUAUUUUUUUACACUGGUCCAGAGAGAGGAACCUCUAAGAAUUCUCAGCAAAUAUCAUCGUUUUAUCUCUUUUGCCCUAUAUCUGCUAGGUUUCUGCAUGUUUGUUUUAAGCCUGGUGAAGAAGCAUUACCGACUACAGUUUUACAUGUUUGGCUGGACACACGUCACUCUUCUUAUCGUUGUCACUCAGUCACACCUCAUCAUUCAUAACUUGUUUGAGGGAAUGAUUUGGUUUAUUGUUCCAAUAUCCUGUGUGAUCUGCAAUGACAUCAUGGCCUACAUGUUUGGGUUCUUUUUUGGUCGGACACCGCUCAUCAAGCUGUCACCCAAGAAGACUUGGGAAGGUUUUAUUGGAGGCUUCUUUUCCACUGUAGUCUUUGGAUUGUUGCUUUCAUACGUCAUGGCUGGCUACAGCUACUUUGUGUGCCCAGUGGAGUUUAACAAUGAUACAAACAGAUUCACAGUUGAUUGUGAACCCUCAGAGCUGUUUCAGCUCCAUGAAUAUCACAUACCCGAACUGUUCCAUUCUGUCAUUGGCUGGAAAACUGUUUGGAUGUACCCUUUCCAGAUACACAGUAUUGCUCUCUCUACAUUUGCCUCUCUCAUUGGUCCGUUUGGUGGGUUCUUUGCCAGUGGAUUUAAGAGAGCUUUUAAGAUUAAGGAUUUUGCCGACACCAUCCCAGGCCAUGGAGGUAUCAUGGACAGAUUUGACUGCCAGUAUUUGAUGGCGACAUUUGUGAAUGUGUACAUAGCAAGCUUCAUCAGAGGCCCCAAUCCAAGUAAAUUAAUCCAGCAGUUCUUAACUCUGCGUCCUGACCAACAGAUCCAAAUGUUCAACACACUGAAGUCACACUUAACGGAAAAGGGAAUCUUGGGAAAUGAUAAUGGAGUAUAAGCCACCGGGUUCAACCAGAGACCUGCCAACCAGCAAAACUGGCAUUGCUGUACAAUGAUGCUGUAUUUUGCUCCUUCUCAGAGAAGAGAAGGGAAGAGAAUUAACCCUUUUGCGGCUGGAGAGGGUUGGACAAAACAACAACAAAUCAGAUCCUUUCCCUGUGUAAACAUUUUGUGCUGUGUCCUUUUUGUCCCUCCCCCCUCUUCCUUUUUCUGUCCCAUGUUUACAGAUUUUUAGUUUCUCACUGGCCUAACAGUUCUAACCUCUAGGGCAUCUCAUGCAGAGACUGGGCUGUCUCUCUA